AUGGAUGAGGAGGGCGUGAAGGAGGGGAGUGAGAAGCCUCGGGGAGCAAGGACAGCGGACAAGGCUGGCUGGAUCAAGAAGAGUGGCGGAGGCCUCCUGAGUCUCUGGAAAGACCGCUACCUGCUUCUCUGCCAGGCCCAACUACUGGUCUAUGAGAACGAGGAUGAACAGAAGUGUGUGGAGACAGUGGAGCUGGGCAGUUAUGAGAAGUGCCAGGACCUUCGUGCGCUCCUCAAGCGGAAACAUCGCUUUAUCCUGCUGCGAUCCCCAGGGAACAAGGUCAGUGACAUCAAAUUCCAGGCACCAAGUGGGGAGGAGAAGGAAUCCUGGAUCAAAGCCCUCAACGAAGGAAUCAGCAGAGGCAAGAACAAGGCCUUUGAUGAGGUCAAGGUAGACAAGAGCUGUGCCCUGGAGCAUGUGACGCGGGAUCGGGUGCGGGGGGGCCAGCGGCGCCGGCCACCUACAAGAGUCCACCUGAAAGAGGUGGCCAGCGCAGCUUCUGAUGGACUUUUGCGCCUGGACCUCGAUGUUCUGGACAGCGGGCCACCAGUGUUUACUCCCAGCGAUGAUGUCAGUGCAGCCCCGCCCCGGCAGACGCUCCAGCCUCCUAUGCCUCCCACCAAGCCUUCUCCAGUGCCUGAGAUGACCAGCCCUGGUGACAGGGCGGAGACACCUCCAGGGGAGAGAGCUCCAACCCCUCUCUCAGUGAGCACUGAGUCCCACCCUGAGAGCCAAGAGGACUCAGAGAUCCCAGCUGGGGAGGACAGGGACCCUGAGCAGCCCCCUGACAAGGUUCUGCCUGACAAACUGAAGGUGAGCUGGGAGAACCCCAGCCCUGAGAAGACCCCUGCCCCUGAGAAUGCAAGAGCAUCUCAGCUACCCUGUUCUGAGACUUCUGAGGCAGCUCCCAAAGAGGGUGGGAAGCCCCCUACACCCCCACCCAAGAUCUUAUCAGAGAAACUGAAAACUUCCAUGAGUCAGGUGGAGGCUUCUAGGUCAGCCCAGAAUCCUGAGGUCCCUGAGACCUCUGCCCCAGGCCCAGCUCAGGUCUCAGUGAAUGGCAUGGAUGACAACUCAGAGCCCACCGAAUCGUCCAAAGCUGUGGCCACCCCAGGAACCAGCCAGGAGGACGCCGCAUCCACCGCACCGCCUACCUGGGAUCAGCCGCUCCAGUUCCAUCCCCGGUGUUCCUCCCUUGGGAAUCUGCUUGGGCAGUCCAAGGAGCGGCUAUAUCGGGCCGAGCUGGAGGUGAAGAUGGCCUCAGAACAGACGCAACAACUGUUGAACAAAGUGCUGGGCAGUGAGCUGCCCCCUAUGAGCGCUGAGACACUGCUUAGCCAGGCUGUGGAGCAGUUGAGGCAGGCCACUCAGGUCCUCCAGGAAAUCAGAGAUUUGGGGGAACGGAGCCAGGAAGCACCUGGUCUAAGGGAGAAGCGGAAGGAGCUGGUGACCCUCUACAGGAGAAGUGCACCCUAG